UUCUGAUGCACGUGUAGACGGUAAAAAAAAGCAGAAAUGAACGUUUAUAAAGAGCCCGGCACGAUGUCCUCAAAACACUGGAGGAGCUUUGAGUGUUUGUUCGUUCCCAAGUGGUCAGAUUGGUGGUGAAGGCUCGCUCUUAAACCAGUCUUGUUUCCGGUCUUUGACGGUGUCUUUUGGGAAAAAAGCUGCUGCUUUUGUCGUUGUGAAACCUCAGCGUCGCUUGGAAGCAGAGAGCAUUGAAUAGUGCGGCAGUUACCGUGGUUUCAUUGUUUAUCAUCAAGACAUCUACGUAGGACAUAAAGGCCCCAAGAAGGACCACUAGAAACAACAACGGAGGCGCCAUGAAGUUCGGUAAGACGAUUGUCCAGCACCAGGUGCCGCAGUGGACACAGCACUACAUCAACUACAAGGAUUUGAAGCGUCAGAUCAAGCUUGUAGUUCAUCUGUUGCAGCUGUCCAAUGAUUCAAAGGCGGCGGAUGCUGGUAAGGAGAGACAGCUUGAUUCUCCAGAGGUUAGAACAGCGCUAGCAACGUUCUUCUUCUCGCUGGAUAGAAGCUUGGAGCAGGUUGACGAUUUCUACAACAAGCAGUAUGUGGAGUACGAGAGACGGCUGAAGAAACUAACGUCGAUAAUGAUGAACUUGUCGGACCAUAUGGAUGAGGAAGAGCUGGAGGAGAUCAUUGGUGUGUUGGUGGAGUUACGUUACAAUUUCAGAAACCUGAAGUGGUUUGGUGAGCUGAACAAGCGUGGCUUUGUCAAGAUCCUGAAGAAACUGGAUAAGAAGACCGGCACUUGUCAGCAGAUUCCUUAUCUCAACUCCAGGGUCUACCCCCUGCCCUUUGCCAAUGAGGGUGAUAUCGUCAAAUCUCUGUCUUUGAUCAACGAUUACUUGAACCAGAUAUCUCCACGGGCUCAACAAACCACUGGUAGCAGUACAAGGUCUUCAUCUGUGCAAUCUGACAAGUUCAGUAGGGCACUGCUCGCAGAUGAUGAUGAGUUGUUGAUCUCACAAUUGGUGGUGGAUCACCGUUCCAUCGUGUUGGUUCCUGUGAAGUUACUCAUUUCGCUGUUAAACAAAGCCGCAUUGAACCAAUCGGUUAAAUGCAUAAACAGAAUACUGACAGUCAUUCCAUCCUUGGCAGACCCGGGCGAUAUCUCUGGAAGAAACUUCUUCCACCAUCACAUCAUCGCCUUGGGUAAACAGUCCAAUGAACAGUCCCCAACGGUUGUUAAACAGACGCAUCUUACCGAUGUCAAGCCAGCAUCGCCAGCUGACGUUAAUACUCGUCUAUUUGACACCUUUGGACCAGAUGGAAUUUAUUCACACGAUGACCCAAAAUCGUUGAUACAAAUAUUGAACUCUUUGCCUCCUCAUUUGAGACCUGCUUUGCUACAAAAGGAUCACUACAAACGAACCCCCUUACACUAUGCUGCUCAGUACGGAUUAAGGGUUGUCACCACUAUCAUCAUUGAUUACUUGAAAACCUGGAAUGAAUGGGACCCAGCUGUACCAAUCGACGAUCUAUCAUAUUGGGGUGACUAUGAAAACCUGUCUCCUUUGCAUCUUGCAGUGCUAGGUAAACACCCAAAGACUGUGGAGGUGUUGGUCUUCAAUUGUAUGCAUACUUUGUCCAACUCGAAGAUCUUUAUAUUGGCUACAAGACUGGACGCAGUGGAUAUCCUCCAGACGUUGCUGAAGUGUAAAAAUGUCAACAUCAAUGACGCAGACGAAAUCAACAAUGAGACACCUUUAUACAUUGCUUCAAAAAUGAACUUUCAGACUUCUGUUAAGUUCCUCUUGGACUGUGGCGCACAAACUGAAAUCCCUGAAGCUUCCUUUGGUUGGACUCCGUUGUUUGUUGCAGCAGUUGAAGGUCUCAAGGAGAUUGUCGAACUGUUGAAGAACUCUGGAGCCAUUUACUCCAAAUAUGACGAAGGUGGUUGGACGCCAAUGGAACACGCUUGCCUCCGUGGACAUCUGGAGAUUGCAGAUAUGCUUAAACCACUAUCUCCAGAAAAGUUGUACAGAUCAACAAAUUCAUCUACCUCCUCAUUGGAGUCUACGUCUAAUAACAAGCAGAAGGUUGGUGAGAUCUAUAGGGCUCUCAAACCUAAGAACAAACUACCAACACCGGUGAAAUCCUUUGGUCAUCGAUAUCUCCAAGAUGAAUCACUUAUUAUCAUCACUUUGGGAUCUAAUGACUCAAGAAACACAGAUUCAGCAGUGUGUUUGGACCGUGUGCCGAUCUCCAAAGUCCCCUCUACUGAGUUGGACACAGCGUUGUCAUUAACAAUAUCGACAAAGUCCAAAAGAGGUGAACCAACAACUGUUGACUUACCUUUGGAUGACGUUGAGCCGAUAACCUUUAGCACUCCUCAUGAUCCAAACAGUGAAACCCUUCUCUUUGACAUUGUUCCUACCUAUGGUGGUCAAGGAAAACAGAUCCUGGGUCGUGGUGUGGCAAUCCUUGACAAGAUCCAUACCUCAGUAGGCCCUAAUAGAACUGCCUUGAACAAAGCUGUCACCAUUCCGAUUAUCGAAACAGAGACAUUGGACAUUUUGGGAACUAUCACAUUUGAAGUUCUUAUUGUUUCUCCAUUCAGACAUCCAAAUAUGAGACUAGACCGUACUGAAACUUACUGGAAGUCUUUGGUUGCCACUAGGGUCAUUGGACAUAGAGGACUGGGUAAGAACACUCUUACAAAGUCUUUACAACUGGGUGAGAAUACAGUGGAGAGUUUUAUCGCAGCUGCCUCAUUGGGUGCAUCAUAUGUUGAGUUUGACGUUCAGCUAACCAAAGAUCAUGUUCCAGUGGUAUACCAUGACUUUUUGGUCGCAGAGUCUGGUAUUGACAUUCCAAUGCACAACUUGACUUUGGAACAGUUCCUCGGGUUGAACGAUGUUUUCAACGAAACUACGAAGAUCACCAAGGAUGAUUUCAUGCUGAGACCUCGUUCAGCCUCUCUGCUGAACCAUGCCCAUACACCGGGAGAAAAGAUGAAGCUGACCAAGACAUUCAAGAAUCUUGGAUUCAAGGGGAAUUCUCGUGGUAGCUCCAUCGCAUCCAGUUUUGUCACAUUGAAGGAACUCUUUAAGAAGAUUCCUAAGAAUGUUGGUUUCAACAUUGAGUGUAAAUAUCCAAUAUUGUACGAAGCACAGGUGGAGGAUAUGGGUGAGACCGCAGUUGAUUUGAACUUCUGGAUUGACACAGUGUUGAAAACCGUUUAUGAUCAUUCAGAUGGCCGUGAUAUCAUAUUCUCAUCGUUCCACCCCGAGGUUUGUCUGAUGCUUUCGCUCAAACAACCGCAGAUCCCAAUCUUGUUCCUCACAGAGGCUGGAACAUCGAUUAUGGCCGAUGUUCGUUGUGACUCCUUGCAAAGUGCCGUGAGAUUCAGUAAGAGAUGGAAUCUCCUGGGUAUCGUAUCCGCAGCUGAGCCUAUUGUCAAGUGUCCACGUCUGGCCCAAGUUGUAAAGAGCUCAGGACUGGUGUGUUUCACCUAUGGAACAGACAACAACAAUCCAGAGAAUGCAAGAAUGCAGAUGGAGGCCGGUGUUGAUGCUGUUAUCGUUGAUAACGUUCUCGCAGUACGUAAGGAGCUGACGAAGGAGGCUAGAAGAGACGCCGAUGUAUUAGAAGUGUGA